UAUUGAUUUUUUAUAAAUAUAUGUAUAUAUUCAAUAUGUUUUAAUUAAAAAGGGAAAUAAAAUUAAGAAAAAAAGAUCACUACACUCCAUUGUUAAUUUGUAAUGCAUCUUUUUUUCCUAAUAAUGUCUCUAUAGAAACAAUUAUUUUUUUGAGUGGUGGCGGUAAGGAUCAAGUGUUAUGCAAUGCAAAUGCAAUCGUUGUACAUUAGCUCGUGACCACAUAUCUGGUCGACAAUCAACAAAUUAGUCGCCAAUUGGAUUGCACUGCAACUUAACGGAAGAGCAGCCAAUCAUCCUCACUGAUAUCUUUGUUCGCACCCUGCAAGCAAAGAACAAGAAACAUCACUAAAAUCGAAAGAGAAGCUAAACCCAGAAAGGAAAAACCAAUCUUUAGUAAAUUUAAGAUGAGAAUGGGAGGUGGAGAGAGGAAGAAGAUAUUGGUGGGGCUAGUGGUUGCAAUGUUUCUUGGAAUUGCAGUUUACUUAAGGCUCUGGUCCAUUGAUUAUGCUAUUUCCUCUGAUGACACUGAAUUAUUAAGAAGACAAUUCGAUCUUGCCAACAGGGAAGCAAUGGAUGAAUCUGCUGAGUGGAGAAUGAAAUAUGAUGAGGAAGCAGAGAGGGGUGCUAAGUGUGAUAAGGAACUGAUAGAGAUUAAGCAGAAGGUGGAGGAUGCUGCUAGUACUAACCAACAACUAGUAAUGCUGCAAAAGGAAAAUAUGGACUUGGUUGAACGGAUGGAGAGAUUAAAAAAGGAGUUAGCAGCUGCAAAGUUAAAGUGUCACUCAUGAGUCAUGAUAGAUACGUGGGCUUAACAGGACGCUACCCUAAUGUAAUUCUGUGUUGGGAUAGCUUGUUUCUCGAGUAAAACACAUCCUGAGAAAAUUUUCAUGAAAGAAAUUGCAGUUUGUCUGAGUUAAACUACUCCACCAAGCGAAAGGCGUUCUUGAACGAGAUGACUUGUUUUUCCCUCCUCACAUUUUAUGUACAUUGUACGUAACAAUCUUUGAGCCACAAGGUUUUGAGAGAGUGGUACUGCUGUAAUGUUGGCAACGAUGCAUUAAUUUUUCUUGCCUGUUCCCCCUUUAGGCAUUUAUACUAGGGAGAGGAAGGAUUUGUUAGAUUUUGCUGCUUCUAUGCUCAAUAAUGUACAUUUUCGAAAAUUUUGGUAAAAAUUCACUUUUAUACAUUUCUGGAA